ACUGUAGAGCUACCGCUCUGUACAAUAAACACAGCAUAGCUGUAUCAACGAAGUUAGGGUUACUGCAGGCUGAGAAUCGCUAAGCAAAAAUAGGGCUAGCCAUCAACGUUUCACAUGUUCUUAAAGAAUGAUAAUAUCUUAACAGCGAGCACUAGGUUGAAGGCUUGAUGGCUAACCUAUUUUUCUUUCCAGGUUUUCCAGUGUGAAAUAAAACUAAACUUUACCUUUAAUCAUGAAUGCUGUCUGAAUUAUACAAUCCGAGAUCAGGAAACCAAAGACUAAAAAAUAUUUAAUGUACGGAAAGGACAAGGACGUAGCACACUACCAUCAUCAGUCGGAUCAGUACAAAAUAAAGGCAAGGGUAAAGCCAAGCAAAGUGCAAAAUACCAUGCAAACCAAUUCAUGAUUUCUUUCAUUAACCUGAAACAGAAAGUACAGAUACGGAAACAGAAAGAGAAAUAAAAUGGCCUGUAAUGUGGUGUAAAAAAAGAAGAAAAUAAGACGAAAGUUUGCUAAACUGAAUGUAGCGAUCAACAGUCAACCAUGAAAAUUGAUUUGUUAAUUAUUUAUCUUUGUGCAAAAUCAUGACUACAGUUGGUAAAGUUUAAUGUUAAUCCAUUAAAAAAUAUUGGCAUUUAGCCAGAUUAAGAAUUGAAGUGUACAUGUGGCCUACUACUGUUUAGUCAUCUGGAUGUUUUCUUGAAUAUAUCUGACAGACCUUUCCAACCCUACCCAUGAUUGUAGAACGUUGCUAUUUACCAAGUAUAAAAUGUGCUCACUGUUGAAACCCUAGGUUGUUGCAGUCACAUGGGAUUAAUUGCACUAGGAAAGGAAACAUUUUGUAUAUUCUCAAUAUUAACGCAAUAUCACAUUUCAAAGAAACACUUUGACCCUUACAUGCUGAAUGAGAAACAUCUGGAAUACUUAGGAAAACGUGUGUGUUCAUUGGCAACAAAAACAAGUGCUCCAUAAAAUCACUAAAAACACAAAAACUUAAAAUGUUACUAUUUUCUUUUAAACGUAUCAAUUUAGUAAUAGCAAUAUAGCCCGUAAGAACACUUUACCUCUGGUGAAGCACUUCUCGUUAUGUUAAUGACACGAGGUAGGCCUACCAGACGGUAAAGCCCUCUUCUUCGGGUGCUAAGGACGCUUAACGAUAUGACACUAUAUAGUACCGCCACAAAAAUGUGUGGUCCUUGGGAAACCCAGCUGCAUAAGGCUCAGUUUUGACGUUAUGACACACCUACUUAUGUCAAAAUUAAAAACUGGCACUGUGACAAGACUUCCGUGACACCAUGGACACGAACCACACGGUAUCACACCCACAACACCAAAGCAUGUUCUGUGUGUGGAAGUGAAGCACAAGCUGCUGUCAUUGGUCAAACACACCGAAGAGGCGUUCCCGCUUCCCCGUGGAGAAUUCAGAAUUCCGUACCCCGCCUCUUCAGGAAGCAAGUUUGCUUUGGCUUUUUGCACAUGGACCGACCUUUAUCCAGGAAGUGUAGCAAAACAUUGACAUCGUCCAUUUCAACUGUUUUCAUGUGUGGUCUAAUUACGCCGAGCUUUAUUUCUAAAAAGAAUACAAUUGCGUUUAAUGAAAACAAAAAAAAAAAAGUGCACAAUGUGUUUGUACAAAAUUUAGAAAUCGUGCGGGAAGCACCGCCACCCCUGAGCUGGAGUACAAAAAUAGAGUCCCGGAUUUCUUCUUUUUAUAACUGGAGGAAUGCUAUUUCAGUAAUCUAAGUGUUCGAAAAAAUGGCGACUGCUCUGUGCCAGGGAAGAAACCAGUUGGAUCUGUUAAUAAAAGCAGUUGAAGCUUCCUGUCAGAAUGAAGAUGAAACAAUGGAAACUAUUGAGGCGGCUGAGGCCCUGCUCAACAUGGACUCCCCGGGCUGCUUUCUGGAUGACAAGCGCAUCACUCAUGUGUUGGUGCCGUCGAUGGGUGAGGUAAUCUCGACUCCAGUUACAAGUGUAUCGGUAACGGCUGAUGGAAUUCCUGAGGUAGUGGAAGUUCAACAGGGUCGGCACUCCCUGAGCGAAUCAGCAGCUGGGCAAACGCCACAAGAGCCCAAGAAGAAGAAAGGCAGAAAACCCAAACCGCCGCGACCUGAUUCGCCUAUCACACCCAAUAUCUUAAUAAGAAAGAAAGAGAAAGAUGGCAAAGGCAAUACGUUAUAUCUUUGGGAGUUCCUAAUAGCCUUACUGCAGGACAGAUCCACGUGCCCAAGAUAUAUAAAGUGGACACAAAGGGACAAGGGCAUCUUUAAACUGGUCGACUCCAAGGCUGUAGCACGUUUGUGGGGAAGACACAAAAAUAAGCCAGACAUGAAUUAUGAGACAAUGGGCAGAGCUCUCAGGUACUAUUACCAGCGAGGUAUACUAUCUAAGGUAGAAGGACAGAGAUUGGUCUACCAGUUUAAGGAGAUGCCAAAAAACAUUGUGUACGUUGAUGACGUGGAUCCGUCCUCCAGCACAGAAUCCGUAGACAUACCAGAGGCAGACAUGUCAUCAUGCAAUGAUCGGGCAUUACCCCUCUCCACCAAGAAAUCGCUCAGCAGCAGAAGUCCAGCCACAAAGCAGAGGGCCUCUGCACACAGAGCAAGGCGAGGAGCAGCUGCACUGCCUGCCCCCGGUGUGCUGGAGUCUGCAGUGGACACAAAGGCAAUCAGGCCAGUCCGGCAGGUGGAGCUCAUACAGCAGCAACAUUUGCCGGUAGUGUCUGCAGAAAUGUUGAGAACUUUGCAGAGCAUCCAGUCAUUGAAACCAGGACAGCAUGGGUCUGUUUUCAGGACAGUCCAACUCAUGGAGCAUUUUCAGAGUGCCCAGGAGGGGCCGACUGUUUUAACCGCAGCAGAUUGUGGCCAGACAGUCAGGUAUGUGUCGAUGGAUGAGUGGUCUUCCGUGUCAACCACUGCACCUACAGAGAGCAGCGUGAGCAGCCCGCCUCCGGUUCCAGUGGUAGUGUCAGCAGGAGUGCAGCCAGUGGGCACUGUAACACUGCAGACCCUCCCGCUCACAACAGUCCUAGCCAGCAGUGACCCGUCUGGGGCUUCGCCUCCCACCUUCUUCCUGCAAACCAUUCCCUCCCCUCAGGUGGCAGCUCCCACAUCUCCAGGCACCCUGAGCACAGUCCCUGGUCAGCGAGUGCUUGUGAGCAGUAACAGGACUGCUUCUGUGCCUUCUUCCCCGACAGUCGGUGCCGCCGCCCCUGUGGUGACAUUCUCAACGGGCGGCCAGCAGCUGGUGUCCCAUCCGCCCGGCACGGUGAUCGCCUCGGUAACCAAAGCACCCGAAACCAAACACAGCCUGCCUCAGAUGCAACAGUGGGAGGAUAUGGAGAGCAGCCAGCGCACUGACAUCAAAUCACAGCCGCACUUCAGUGUAGUGGUGAUCAAUGACAUGUGGAUGGAAUCCGAGGCUACAAAUGAUCAGGCGGAAGACAUCUGAAAGGACUGCUUUGUCACUGGUUUCGUGUUUGUAAAUACAGUAUGGUAGAUGGAAAUGGUCAAACAAGUAGCAAAAAAAGGAAACGCUUAACCCUUUCAUGCUUCGGAGAGACUUGAAGUAAACCAACCUGCAAUGGAAAAAAACUACAAAGGUGCAAAUCAGUUUCUCUUCCCUUAAUUCACUUCUGUAGCAUUUCCAUUGCUCUAUCUAUCACUGUUAAACUGAACUUUUCAUUUCUUAAACAGAAAAAAACCAUACACAAACAAUACAUGGAUUGUAUAAGCAUUGUACAGUUUACUGUGGUGUACUUUUAUUAAAGAAAACACAGUCAGAGCAGUCCUCCCCUCCAGUGGUUUUCUUCUGGAAAGAGUUCCUUUCUAGUUAGAACUCAAGUUAACAUUUCACACUGUCCUGCUUUACUGAAACUGGUAAAGGUAUCUGUGGUGCUGUGUGUCUUUGUCCAACUCUUUGUGUGCCUGAAGGUACAGCAUGAAGGAGAGGGGUGCUUUUCUUUUUCUUUUUUAUUUAGUUGUCGCCAAUGGAUUUUUUACCCCAUUUGUUUCCCAAUUUGGAAUCACCAAUUGUAUAGAUUGAUUUCGGUCCACCGCUGCAACCCCCACGCCGACUUUGCGAAACGGCGGCAGACACGCGUGUCCUCCGAAACAUGCCCUGUCAAGUUGGCUUUUUUUGCACUGCAGGUCCACAGCGAAGCCAUCAGACCUAUAGUGCCGGAGGACAACACAGAUCUGAAUGGCUCCACAGCAGACCAGUAGUGAACCGAGGAUUACCCUGCCGACCUGAGCCCUCCCUACCCAUGAGAGGUUUUAACAAAAUCCAGCUACACUAAUAGAAUACAGCCUCCUUUUUUGAGUCUUGCUUUCCAGAGAGGGAAGGGCUCAACUUUAUUAAAUGAAACCUGAACCUAAUCUCACAAAACCUUCCAGAUGUAAUUUGAAAUUCAAUGAAAAAAAUGAAGGAAUCUGCAAAGUGCUGUACGUUCAUUUAGCUGCAAUACAAAAAAAAGCUGAAUUUGAGUUUUACUGCACCUUUCCAGCUUUAUUUAUAAUAUGUGAUUCUUUGUGGCCUUUUUUAAGAUACGUUUUUUGGAUGCAGUGGUGUACAAGCACAGCCUAUAAAACUACUCUUUUUGACAUAUCCAGUAAUGUAAAUAUUGUACAUUAAAUUUGACUGGUAAUGGAUACAAAUUUCUAAUUAAUUUUGUGAGCUGCGUUUUUAUACAGGUGCUGUAAGACUACGAAUAUGUAUAACAAUGUUUCUAAACAUUUUAUAUGCGAGUGGUUUUGUAUUUAUGGAAAUAAAAUUUUAAAUUUUGAUGUGCA